GAUGAACGAUCGCCCUCCCACACAAUAUUUUAAAACACCCACUUGAUUAUCUUAUCAUCUUUACCCAAAUAUCACCUCAUCCUAAAUCACUGUUCAUCACUCUGCUCAGAUGGGUAAUAACAAGACUAAACUAUUCCGAAUGGACAGAUAAAAAGGGAUGGAAGGAGUAUUAAAAUACAAUUAUUGCAACCCUAAAAUUCUUUCAGAAUCCGAAGCGUCCAUGUCCAGUAUCGGAUGUACACAGGACUCCUGGACGCUGGAGACGCCUUUCAUGAUUAUGAUAAGUUUCCAGAUUUACGAUAAAGUCUUGAUUACUUGUAUCUAAAAUCACACUUUAUUUGUCUACCUAUUACCACAUACAGAGAUGGAAACGUCUACUUUAAUGUCUGAUGUUAAAGAAAGAAUCAAUAUUCUUUCAGGGUCAUUUUACAUACCUAAGGACGAUCGAUCAAAGCCUGAAGGAGAUGAUGCUCACUUCAUCUGCGAAGAAAAGCAAACCAUUGGCAUAGCUGAUGGAGUUGGAGGUUGGACAAAGAAAGGCGUGAAUGCAGGAGAAUACGCACGAGAGCUGAUGAUAAACUCAAUAAAUGCUCUUCAUACUGUCCCUAGGGGGGCUGUGGAUCCAAAAAGAGUCUUAUCCCAAGCUUAUUCAAAGACCAAACUCCCAGGAUCAUGCACUGCUUGCCUAUUAUCACUGAAUGGCAAUAUCUUAAGGGCUGCUAAUUUGGGUGACAGUGGGUUCAUGGUGAUCAGAAAUGGGAACGUACUUUACAAAUCACCAGUGCAGCAACACGGCUUUAACCAUCCAUAUCAGCUUGGGCAAGGAUCGGGUGACCAUCCUAGUUCAGCCAUGAGAACAGAACUAACUAUGGAAGCAGGUGAUGUGAUUAUUGUAGGAACUGAUGGUUUGUUUGAUAAUAUGUACUCAGAGGAGAUAUUGCUAUGGGUUACCCAAGAGAUAAACCAGAGCUCGGAUCCACAAAUGAUUGCUUGGAGAUUAGCAGAGGCUGCUCUCUACAACUCAAUGGACAAGUUUGCUGAUACCCCUUUUGCGCGAGCUUCCAGAGAAAAUGGUGGCAAUCAUUCUGGAGGAAAGAUUGAUGAUAUUACUGUGAUUGUUGCUCUUAUUUUACAGGAUUAUUCAGUUUAGGAAUCCAGAUUGCUAUAUUUAACAUCACCGCUAGCAAUAUAUUAAUACUUGAAAUAUUAGUUCACUAGACUUUGCCGGUUACAGACUUUGAGGCCGUUUGGGUGAGCUUAUGACUUAUGAGUUAACGUGGCUUGUGACUCGAUGAGAGUUUAACAAUUAACAUGUUUGUUUGGUAA